AGUUUCAAUUCAACUCUCACUUUUCACACAUAUAUAGGCACACCCUUCUGAACCCAAAAUUUUUGAAGUACAAAAAAGUUUCAAAUUUCUUUCUUGUAGAGAGAAUCUUGCAAUUGCAAAAAAAACAAUCUGUUUGUAUCAAUUGGCAUGUCUACUUUGGUUGUUAGCUAUGUCAUCACAUGUGGCUUUGUCAGCUAAAGCAAAGCCAUAGAUAGAGAGAGAAGAUAAGCCAGAAAGCUUAGAGAGAGAAACUAAGAAAGAUUCUUUUUUUGUUUUUCCCCUUUUCUCAGUGUAGAGUCUUGUUCAAAAACCAGCCUUUACAGCCAUACCCAGUUGCUACAUUCUUGCCUUUUCCCUUCAUCUUCAUUCAUUUUUUUAUUAGUAUUUUAGCUGUCUCCAUCUUGAGAAAUGCAUCUGAAACUCUAUGCCCAGAUUAAAUCUAGCCUUGCUUGGCGGUUUCUUGAGCAUUUCUGAGAUGGGUCUUUGAGUUUAUCUCUGAUUGAUUGAGGUAUGUGGGCUUUCCUUUUGUGAAACUCUACUUGUUCAAUUUUCUCCAUCCUCUGAAUCCAACUGUUUGUGGAUAUACCAAAGAGAGAAAUCAAGCUAUUCUUGCAUCAGUAUGAAGGAUUUUCCUUCUUGUUUUGGUGAAAAUGGGGUUCAGGUUGCUGAUUUCUCAUCAUCUAGUACCAAUAGAACUGCCCAGAAUUUGGUUUCUUGUGUGUAUCAGUGUCGAUUACGUGGCCGUUCUUGCUUGAUUACUGUCACAUGGAGUAAGAAUUUGAUGGGUCAAGGACUCAGUGUUGGGAUUGAUGAUAAUUCUAAUCAAUGUGUAUGCAAGGUUGAUAUAAAACCCUGGUUGUUCUCUAAGAGGAAAGGGUCAAAAAGUUUAGAAGCAGGUUCUAGUAAAAUUGAUAUCUAUUGGGAUCUUUCAUCAGCUAAAUUCGGAUCCGGGCCUGAGCCAUUGGAGGGAUUCUACAUGGGGCUCGUAUCUAAUCAACAAAUGAUUCUCCUUCUCGGGGACAUGAGAAAAGAAGCUUUCAAGAAAACAGGUGCAACACCUGUUCCCUCCAAUGCUGUUUUCAUUUCCAAGAGAGAGCACAUCUUUGGUAAGAAGAUAUUCAGCACCAAGGCUCCGUUUUGUGAUAAUGGCCCACUCCAUGACCUCACAAUUGAAUGUGAUACCGGUGGUGUCAACGACCCGUGCCUUGUGAUCCGUGUAGACACAAAGACUCUGAUGCAGGUGAUGCGUCUCCGAUGGAAGUUCCGGGGUAACCACACCAUCUUGGUUGAUGGCCUCGAAGUAGAAGUAUUUUGGGAUGUUCAUAACUGGUUGUUUGGUACAUCACCUGGAAAUGCUGUUUUUAUGUUCAAGACAAGCCUUUCAGCCGAGAAGUUGUGGGCAAGCCAACCCCUGUCAGAUCCCCAUACAUUGCCCAGGUCUUGGUCGCAGAGAUUCCGAGAUUCUCAAUCACAAUGUCUUGGUUUUUCGCUGAUUUUGUGUGCUUGGAAAAAUGAAUAGAGUAAUUUAGGAUUCUUCAAGGAGUACUAACAAAUACUUUUAGUGAGCUGUGAUUUUUGUUCAUUAUGUGAUUGGAUUAUACUCGAUUAUAAAUGGGUCCAUUUGUUUUUUCUUACAUAUUUUCAUCUCAAGUAACUCAAGCGAUUGAAGAUAUUAGAGUUGAUUUUGUUUUUCUUGCCCAUAUGUCCUUGAGCUAGGUCUUUGCCAAUUUUAUUGCUUGAUCCUAUUUAAAUUCUAUAAAAUAGUACUCUGCUUAUUUGUCAUUCCAAUACUGUUUCUUUACACAAAUGUGAAUUAUUAGGAUGCCACUACUCUCUCAGAUAUUUCUCUUGGCCUGUGUGGGCAUGCUAUGCGAAUUGUAAGUUUCCAUCUUACAUUAUGAGAUGUAAUGAAGUUUGAGUUGGAUGACACUGUUAAUUUGCCUUUUCUGAAUAACCACUUGUUGAGUUUGACUUGUUUAUGUUGUGGGAGCUUAAAUUAUUCUGUUGAUGGAAAGCGUAAUGACAUCAUGGUUUUUUCAUGUCCAUCAUACACAUAAGAGGUGCGGAUUACCAGAUACUUACUCCUUGAAGUGGACUACAUUGCAUGAAUAAUUGUCAAUGAGUGAAAAACCUAUUUUAAGCAGAUAAAAUCAAUGUAUUUCAUUAUUAGUUUUAUUUUCCAUACGUAUCUAAUUUAGAUUUAUCAUGGCUUAUGAAAUAAUGGUGUAGUCACAUAAUUUAAGCCUUUGGCUUAGGAAAUUUCAUUCCUUCCUACUAUACUAUCUAGGUUUGAGUUGAAUGAUAUUUUUUUGAACUACCCUUAUUGGUUCUGUACUUAAGCUUUGGUUCUCGGGCACAUAUCCUUUGCCUCUACAAUAUUAUUUAAUAAAUUUUUGUAGCUUUAAAUCUUUUUCUGAAUUUGCCUGAUUUAACUUGCUUACUUGUGGCAGGUCAGAUGGUAAUCCAUUUCAGUGCAAUAUAGGUUCUAGCUCUUUUAAAACAUAAUGACAUUUUUUUUUUGUAGACAACACAUAACGUGUUACAUUUUUUCAAAUUCAUUAGCAUGGAAUAUGUUCACUUCAUUCUUGGAAGAACAACACUUGGAUUAGAUCAAAACAGGAACUGAAGUAGUUUGCAAUUCCAUUUUCCUUUCAUUCUUGUCCAUCAUAAUUAUAAGCUAAAUAAAAUUCAUACAAUAAGGUUCAUUUUUUAUUUCUCUUUCUCCUUCUUUGAUAUUAUAAGUUUAAGUCACAUCACAAUUGUUCUUUUUUUAAUACCUUUAAUUUAUCUAUGGAAAAAAAAAAAAUGGAAGAAGGAAACAAAAGAAUAUCAGUAACCAUAUUUUAGUUCUUUGGUUUUUGCAACAUUUUGAAUGCAGAAAAUUGUGAAUGGAAGCAAAAGCAGAGUAUUUUGAAGCCAGAAGUAGUGGGAAAAUAAGACAUUCUUUUCCUAGUGGAAUGACUAUUCUUACAUGGACUCAACUUCUUACGAGAUAUAGUGACCACAUGACAUGAAUACGCGCUCUUGGGGUGGAGUUGUCUGCUUCUUAGUGGUAUAGGAUGGUUGGCUGCUGAUUGAUUCUUUCCUUGAACCUACUUCUUUACUGUGGGUUCAUCUACUAAGGCCAUAAUGCGCAACUCAAUUGUCAAAAAGUGGAAGAGAAGGCAGGGCAGGCGGAAAAAGUGAAUAUGACAAUCUCAUGGCUUGGAUUGAGGGAGAGAUUUCAGGAAGACAUCAUUCUGCGGAUCAACUUGGUGCUUGGGUCGCCAAUUUCUGUGUUUAGUUGGCUUCCUGCUUGCUCUGGCUGCACCAACCAACUCCAGUAUCAACUGGUUCCAUUGAAGAAUCUUGAUCCACGUCAACUGCACAUGCAGGGAUCGGAUCAAUGAAUGGCCGCAAUCCUAUACUGUCAACUGAAUCGGAUGAAAUCGUUGCAGGUUCAGCUACUGUCUCUCCCGGGGUCCAAUGGUUCUUACCCGUAGCAGAUGCCCCUGUUGAAAACGGUCCCCAUCAACUCGCGGUGUUCCAAAGUUUUUUUCCUAAACUUUGCACACACCUUAUUUGUCUGAAAAAUGAAAAUUAUAAAUAAAAACUGUUACUACAUGCAAUAUGAGGAAUUUUCACUACCAACAAAAACCAAUAUAAAUUGUAACAAAAAAAUAUGAAACAAAACAAACAUGCGGAAAUAACAAUUUACCUACCGAUUC